ACGCCAUCCAACCCUAAACCACCGUCGCACAUUCGAACGCGCCGCCACUCCCCACUCAACCUCACCUCCCGCCCCCCGCCACAUUCCCUCCUUCACGCCUGCUCGCCUUCCGGCAACAGAUCCGGCGGGGCCUCGCCGGACGAUGCACCGGCCAAGGCCUCUCCUUCCAAGAGCUUCCCUCACGCCAUGGAGGGAUUCACUUCUACCGCCACAAGAUCUACGCCCUCACUCACCUGCCUCACCUCCGGUCACUACCUCUCCUCCUCCUCUUCCUAAAAACUCGGCCUCUUCCUUCCAUUGCAACACCACAUGGACAUGCCCAGCUGCACGACGAGAUGCCGGCCGCGACACCAGGCCCUCCGCAGCGACGGACUCGAUCCAGGAUGUGAACUACAGCAAAAUGCUCAAGGAUGAGGAGUGCUACCCUGCCAUUGCAGUCUAUGUCUGGCCCAGCAUCGCUGCUUGCAUUAUUAUCAAAAGCUUCUCGGAGUUGGUGGGCCUGCACUCUGCUUGUGUGCUAUAGUGGGCACUGCAAAACCUGGCUCGCUGACUGGCCUCGUCUUCAAGGAAAGAAGACAGUCUGGGAUGAAUCUUCGCUAGUGGCAGUGGUGGCCUUCUCUUCCUCUGCAUGGUUUAGUUGGAAGCCUGGGAGCAUACGAGGAGAUUGCCUGAUGCAUGAGUCAUGUUUGGAAGCCCACAAGUCGCUGUUCCUGAAACGGAAAAUUGAAUGUUGGGUUGUAUUGGACUGUAUGCGAACUGCUUCUAGGACUGUUAUUUUGGACUGUUGAUCUAUUGUGAUCUCUGGAGUGUUAGAUAUGUUUUGAUUGCCAAAUACUGGUGCUGUGUGUA